CACGGCUUAAAUAAAUUUCAAAUGUGAUUUUUUUGCAUCGAGUUUCCAUAGCUAUUAUCCUUCCUGUCUUUGGUACACGGCUUGACGUCGAUACUUCAAGAUCUUCCGCGAUGGAUGUCAACGAGAUCCAAACCCCAGCUGGGGUUCUGAAAGCCUUGUUCCAUCAUAUUGCGCUACCUGCGAAGCUACCUCAAAGUUCGGCAUCCAAUACAGAGGACGUCGAACGUGCGAUUCUAGAUCGUCUUGUCAUUGCCAUUAAGCUUAUGCAGAAUGUUAUGGAAGGCCCCCUUUGGCAAACCUGGGAUUCAAUCAGGCGAUCACUCCUCUCAUGUAAAACAAUUAAUAUUGGUGGAAAGUUGGAAAGAACCCAACUUGCCUCACGUCUAAGACAGCUUCGGGAUUCUGACCUUGUUAUACUGCACCUGGGCGCUCAAAAUGCAGGACUUCUUGUCUAUAAACCUGUCAACCCUGAAUUCCAUGGCAACAUUCUCUUCGAAGCAUUCGAGGCGUCUCCCCGACGCGAACCCGUUCUAGCAUCUCAAACUCUCUCGUGGACAUUCCCUGGCACUGCCGUGUUGGUACCCUCCUCGGUAUUUUAUAACGAUGCAUUCAUUGAGAGCCUCUCGGGCUUCCUUGAACAGGCUUCAGUGGAACAUACCCAGAAGUUCUCUGAAUACGGUAUAAAAGCGGGACGCGCAGUAGCAGAAGAACGGGGAACUCCAGAUCCAGCCUUGAUCACAUCGCUCCUCACUGCAAUCCUUGAGGCGAACGGAAGACGCAUCUCUCCUACUCUUCUUCGAAAAAGGGUCAGAGACGAUGUUUGCUGGUUCAGUAGCGUGCCUUGGCGAAGACUGCCGUACUGGCUUGUUCUUCGAGUGGGCAUCUCGCGCUACUUAGCCAUGGUACUUGGCGGAGCCCACGGGAGAAUUCAUUUUAAGUUCAUGAUGUGUAUAAUUCACAGCAUGGUACUUAACGACACCAGAGAUACUAUUCCCCUGGAAGACCAAGCCUUUCUCAAGACUAAGCUUUGUCGCCGUCUCUUCAAGCUCGACCGAGACAGCCUUGAGCAACCUCAAGCCGUCCAAGAAUCAUAUUUUUUAUUGAAUAGGGCGCUGACUCCAUGGUUUAAGAGAAUAAUUGGUGCUACAACAACAAGGAUCAAUACGGCUUGGGAACACGAAAAGCUAAAUAUGAUCAGGCCCAUCCUGCCACUACCCCGGAAAGCACCUCGACAGGCGCAGCGCCUGAGUCUAGUCGCAAGUCGUUCGUAUUUGACUAACGCUCGGAAAAGAUUUCAAGAUGCUGUUCCACGUAUGGCGCCUCCAACUCGAACAACGCCGCAACAGCCUAAAGUACACAUUCAAGCUUUUGGAAGCAGACUUUUCGCUCUCUUUAGUAAAGAAGAGCAACUCCAUGUUGUUUCUACUAAUAUAUCUACAUCGUCACUCAGCCUUUCGACCCAAGUUCGACAACUGCAUAAACACAUUCUUGACUAUAUCGAUCAAAUUGGCGGUUGCUACGAAAACAAUGUGGAGCAGAAGAGUAUCAUGCUUCUCACGUUAUUGGAGACAUGGAUGUCACUUGAUAAAGUGGCCUGUUCCAUGUUUCCUCUUUUGAACGACUUUCACCCGGCCUUUACUUCGCGGUUGAUUGAAGUGCUUCGAUUCCCCCUUCUAUCCGACAUGGCUCGGGCAAGAAAGGUGGAGUCAUAUAUACAGGAUCGCAUCUCUCAAUCCAAAACACGGGCUACCUUAUUUGACGACCCGUGCAAGGGGUGCUUCGCAGAGAGGUACUUUAACGAAUCUCCAGGUUCCGCUGCGCUCGGAAAUCUGCUCGCCGAGAUACAAUUAGCCUCCUUAAAAAUGAAAGAGGAGAAAGAAAAGGAAUGGAAGGAGUUAAGUGCUGAAUAUGAGCAACUGACAAGGGAAUACGAGUCUUCAACUUGCAUCUAUGUUCAACCACUAGCUGGUUUACAGUUAGUGCAUGACUUGUCUUCCUGCCGAAAAUGUCAGCUCGAAAAGAGUAGAUCUCGUAUGGUUAUAAAAGCCUUUGAAUCACUAUUACCCGAAAAUCCCGUCAUGGCAAAGGUUGUGAUUUUUGAGCUUAGGUGUCCCGAAGCUCUUGCGCAAUAUCGCGACGCCACUUGGGCGAUCUUGUAUCGCAUCGCAAGACAAACACAGGAGCCAGGAGUCAAGCCAAAGCUAUGUCUACAAGACUAUUCGGGGUUACAGCUCUACGAAAAGGUUCCAGGGCAUAUAACGCUUGCAUCGACAACCAAGUCCUUCCUCAUGACGCAUUACAGAGAACAGAAGAGGUUUCCAGUUGAACUUGAUCAAGUCUGCCUUCCAAACGGCCUUAAAUUCGCAUACUUUGACACGGCCACUGGUUCUUGGCCGGGUAGAAGGGAAAUUCAUCCAACGUUCGAGCACCAUUGCAAAUUGACGUUACCCAAAGGUUCGCCGUUUUCAUCACUUCUGCAAUCACAGAGUUUUAAUUCCUAUGGUAAUGGGCCAACCUCUUAUGAAAUCGCUGCUUCCCAUUCAUCUUGCCCUUCAAGCCUUAGCAUUCACGAACAUAUGGCCUUCCAAUUCCUCUUAUCCGGAAAACGUCGACGGUGGUUGUCCCUCCUAACAGAGCUCGGGUCUUCGAACCUCAAUCUUUCUACGGAAACGACAGUUCUUUUGUUUGACCACCUAGCACACCAGAUUGGCCCUUCAGAAGAGGGUGAAGCAAUUCUGGGAGCUAUACACUAUAUAUUUCGGGAUGCCUCGUUCUGCGAAAAAUUAAUCCAGCAGCUCCAAACGAGGUUAGAAGCCAUUGCUACGAAUUGGCGUGAAACCCAUCUUAUGGAAAUUGUCAUUAUUUUAGCGUUGAGAAUAAUCGCGUUCACGGCACCUUUCAUAGAUACGAAUCACUUGGCGAAAACGGCACAAGAUCUCCUCCUCGAGGCGAGGCAAAUUACCUUCCAAUGGAUCAGGAUGUUACGCAAGGAAAUGUAUUGUGCAAGUAACCUUAGUAAUGCGCAGAAUUGUCAGUCAUAUUUGCUCUGGGCUGCUCUCCUCUGCAAGAGGACGUUUGCUUCUCUCCAAAUGACAGAGACUGGAAGCCUCGACGAGGAUGAACUUUCAACAUUCUUAGAAUGCAGCUCAACUGUCUAUGACAAUAUUCCAGAAGAUAUUUCCUCCCUUGGACAAAUAGUUCAGAACUCCUUCGUUAGAGAUUUACGAAUGAUGUACGAUCUCAAAGAUCAAAUACGCCUGUCUAUCGAGGCACACGGACAAAGUGCUCUUCUUACUACAUUGCAGGUUCUUUGGCCCGCGGCAGAGUCAAAAUACAUAUAUAACGUCACCUUCGAAGCUGACAACUGGAUCCAGGUUGAACUAGUUGGCUACGAUGGAGUUGAAAUGGCUAGUUAUAACUACUUUUUUGGUAUUUUACUAGUAAACGGUCAACCACUUGGUAGACUCCCAACAGACCCGGAGAGCACAAUUAUCCUAGAGGAGUUAUUUGGAAGUCAGACUAGCCUCAUGAAGUUUCCAUCAUCUAGUCCUGGAAUGACACACGUGUUGGCCUUUAAAAAAGAAGGAUACCAUACUCACAUAGGUUAUGAUGGACGAGACACCAUCAUCCGCGCCAUUAAAGGCUCGCAGGUCCUAGAACUCAUCCCAAGAAAAGUAUUUCGAAACGGAACUUCUUUUGACCUUCCCGCACACCUAAUUGAUAAUUGCAUUCAUUGGCUUGACCUUGUCUCCGGCAUCCUCGAAAUCCGACCAAAGUCAAAGAACUUUUGGCGUGAGCACAAACACAAUUGGAAAUUGGAUAUUUCGACUUCCAUAUGCACGAGAUUUACACCCAAGAGAUUUAAAGAAACAUUGGUAGAUCCCUACAGUCCUAUCUUCAUUCGCGUGUCAAAGACAUUCGCAUGGUUUGAGCAUGCAAUGCAUUUGACCAUCUACCAACCUAGCGGCAAGUACGCGCUGAUAGUAGAGAUGCCCCGCAUGCAAUUGAAGUGGUUUGUGAACAGUAACAACUUACUACAAUCCUCGCAUCUACAAGCCGAAAUAGAUCCCUGUCAAUCCAUUGACACAUGGUAUGGAUUCGACAGCAAACUUGUUUGUCGCAGCUUGAAGGACCCUCUGGAGCGCUUCGUUCUCGUCCCUUUAGGAUCUCUGAGGGCAAGAAGAAGGGGCUGCCACGUUCAGGUAUGCGUACAACUACACAAUUUGUCGACGGCCGUGUACCUCCGCUUCAUGAUUAACAAGACACUUGGACGCAUAGAGUCCGCGGCCGAGCCCGCAUUAGUAUACAAAAGGGCAGAGAUACAUGCAUUCACAUCUUUCAUCCUUCCGGAUCCUCUUACUGGUCUAACUGGAGUUGAAAGUGCUCUGGGGAUUUUAACUUCCGGGAUCUCUCAGCCAUGGUCACCUUUGAUAGUUGCCCCUACUAUCUGUAUUCUUCGUUCUAUUUCAAGUCUUUCACCAGUUCGAGAAUAUUACCCCACGGAUCUAAAUGUUAUGAAGAAGGAAACGUGGGAUGAUAUGUUACCUACCAUGAUUCAACGGGAUGAAUUUCGCAUCCUUGUUUCUCAGAUCAUUUCACAGUCUAAUAGGCUUGCGGCUUUCUACCCCCAGAAGACAGAAUAUCUUCAGGGGUCUGAGAUGCCGGAAAUACCUUCAUCUGGUGAUCACGGCUUAAAUUUACGUAGUCUGCAUCGUCGGCGACUUUAUGAGAGGCGUUCCAACUAUGAGUUACCGUUGGAUCGUCCUGAAGAUACUGUUUAUGAGGCCCGACAUAAUCCUCAUGCUACAAGCUUACGGUACUCGAAUGUACUCGAGGCACUCAACAUAAUCCGCGAUAAACCUAUGACGAUGGCUACAGUGGAAAAUCUUCCAUUGGCUCUAUCACAAUCACUUCAUAUAAAGGGUUAUUACCAGAUACUGGAGAAUAUAACACUACAGGAGCGUCUUAAUAUCGAUAUACGCCGCGAAUGGGGCCCAUUAGUUGGCAUGGUUAAAAAGAUGCCCGAUCAGUACAGACUCAUGUUUUUCAUGGGCAUAAUAUCAUUCCGGUCGGAUGCCAAUAUACCACUUAUCAAAACCCUGAUUGCAUUUUCAUAUUGGGACGGGCUGCAGUCAUUGGCUCUGCCGGACCAUGCAGAAUACCGCAGUUUCCGACCGCGCCAAACACCACAGCUUGAAAUCUUGGUCAAGCUCAUCGAGCCCUUUCAAGUACCGCCACCGGAAGAUCCGCCUCUAGUAGAAUUCGCGAGUAGUAAGGAUCAGAGGAAGCUCUGGCAAGCUAAGACUGCCCAUAUUCGGAAAGCAAAAGAGGAUUGCGAAAAACUCGGAAAGAAUCUCAUCUCGAAGUGGCCCUCCCUAGCCCCAAGCGCAGAUAUCGACAACAUAGCUUUAGUGAACAUUCCUGUAGCUUUGGAAGGGCUAAAACCAGAGUGGGAGAGGCUCUACCAUAAUCAUGAAUUCUAUAACCAUCUUCAAGAGGUUCAGAUGAUUCUGCGCCAGAGACAUUCGGACCUGAGAUUUCAAAGGGCAGAAUUCAUACCAUCUGAGAUGACGCACACCAUCCAACUACCGGGCUACGCACUUCCUGAACUGGGAAACGACUUGAUAAAAAUGCCCAUUUCCAAAAUAAGACGUGGCCCUGAAAGUUAUCCAAAUGCUUUUCGAGGGCAUACAAUGCAGCUUGAAGCCCCUUCUUACGGUCCUCGUCAAAACCCUGGAGCUUCGGGCGAACUGGACCAAAUUAUCGAAACAUUUUCCAAAUCAAAGUCUACCAUUCAGCGGAGGUAUGCCAGGGACCUGAAAGAAAGCCUGAAUUCAUUUUAUACUCUUCGCACGCAGACGAUCCCUCCUUCAUAUAACGAAUAUUCACUGUCGUAUUUCCAGGACAGUGUCAAAGCUCACCUCGCGGAGAUCAAAUUAGCUAUAGAGCAACGCAGUGACGCUUACUCAAGUAGGCAAAUUUGGUGGCUCCAGCAGGGACAAUUAUGGCCUGCAGUUACCCCGAUCACCAUUCUAGAACAGCUUCGAACGACCGCUAGGCGCCUGUUUGGAAGCGGAAUGAAGGAAAAACUUCUUGACUUUGCCUUAUCAAUCACACACUUGCAAAGAAAAAUGCGAAUGCAGUCAUAUCAGCGUUCCAAAGAAAACGCUCGUUAUGAAGAAGAGAGAUUGAACCUAGGGCAUCGUAACUGGCGGGUCGAGGAAUAUCCUGACUGGCUGUUGUUGGAGGUUGAGUCCAACCUACUCAUCCGCGAAACUCAAGUCAAGGUUGCGUUAGCAAUAAUCGCGCCGGAAUCACAAGAAAAUAGCGUUCUCCAACUGAACAUGGGGCAGGGCAAGACAUCUUGUAUCAUUCCGAUGGUCGCAGCGCUACUCGCCGAUGGCAAGAAUCUUGUGCGAGUGUCCGUACCUAAAGCACUUUUACAUCAAACAGCGCAACUACUCCACGGGCGACUAGGCGGUCUUGUAGGUAGAGAGAUCAGUCACGUACCAUUUUCUCGAAAAACACCUACCAAAGAGGAUCACAUUAAGCUGUUUCAGAGGUUGCAUCGCGACAUUCAGAGAAAACGUGGGGUGAUGCUGUGCCUCCCAGAACACCAGAUGUCAUUCAUGCUGAGCGGUCUUCAGCGGGUUCUAGAUCAGCGAAUCCCCGAAGCUAGCAUGAUGAUCCGGGUACAAAGGUGGCUACAAUCCUGUGCUCGGGACGUGCUCGACGAAAGUGACCAUACGCUAGCAGUGAAAACGCAAUUGAUAUAUCCCUCCGGCUCACAGAUGUCUGUCGAUGGUCAUCCAUAUCGUUGGCUCGUAAUUGAGCAGAUUUUAGCCCUGACGGACAUGCAUUUAUACGACCUUGCCAUUAGCUUUCCUCACUCGAUCGAAGUUGUGAGACGUUCGCACGUGGGAUUUCCGUUCGUUUUCUUCCUUCGGCCAGAUGUAGAGGAAGAAAUGAUCAAGCGCUUAAAAUUUGAUGUCUGUCGCGGUACCCGAGGUAUCUUACCAAUAGACACCCUCAACGCAGCUGAUCGCCUAGCCAUCAAAGAAUUUCUCUCCGGCGGCAAGGUUCGCCCAUCUAGUCUGGAGCGAAUUAGCCAUUUAUGCCCUGAUCGUCCACAUAUCCGACAAACAGUAUAUUUACUUCGAGGACUCUUCGUGCAUCGUAUCCUCAUAAUGGCACUCAAGAAACGAUACGGGGUCCAAUACGGCCUACAUCCCUUUAGAGAUCCUGUUGCAGUUCCCUUCCAUGCAAAGGGGGUUCCAAGUGAGCAAUCGGAAUUUGGACAUGUAGAUGUUGCCAUACUAUUGACCGCCUUGGCUUUUUACUAUCGCGGUAUUCAUCCAUUACAAGCUCGCCAGGCUCUCGAAGCUGUUUUAAAAUCCGACGAUCCUGCUUCCGAGUAUGAUAAAUGGACCGAAGAUGAGAACUUUCCAGAUUACUUAAGAGAUUGGCACUCUAUCAACGUUGAUGACUCCCAACAGAUGAGUCAAAUUUGGAAUUGCGUUCGAUUCAAGGUGCCUGUAAUCGACUAUUUCAUGAACAAUUUUGUUUUCCCGCCGCAUGCGAAACAGUUUAGAGUGCGCUUGCAAUCAAAUGGCUGGGACAUUCCUCUAUUCUCCAAUGUGCAGUCUGAUAAAUCAGCCAAGAAUACGUCGUUAAGCAAGUCACGAGGCCUUACCACUGGUUUCUCUGGUACAAACGAUAUCAAAUCACUUUUACCCCUGACUAUCAGACAAGAUGAUUUACCCGCAUUAUCGCAUACGAACGCCGAGGUCCUCACGUACCUCUUACAGCAACGUUCGAGGAGAUACGUUGUUAUGGCUGACCAGAAUCAGAAGCGCCUCAGUGAGAUCGCUUUCUUACAGAUGCUUAAAAAAUUCGAUAAUGGUAUCCGUAUUCUGAUCGAUUCCGGAGCUCAAAUCCUUGAGCAAUCCAAUAAGGAACUGGCCGAAAACUGGCUCAAGAUAGAUGGAAGAGCAGCCGCCGCACUUUAUUUCGAUGGGGAUAGUCCAUUCAUCCUUUCAAAGCAAAAUACUAGGACGCCCUUGCUUGCUUCGCCCUACGCAGACAACCUUAAUGAGGUACUUGUAUAUCUAGAUGAGGCCCACACGCGGGGUACAGACCUCAAAUUUGGUCCAAGGGCUAGCGCUGCUCUCACCCUUGGCUUAGGCCAGACAAAAGACCAUACUGUGCAAGCUGCUAUGAGACUCCGACAACUUGGAACAACACAAUCUGUUAUAUUCUUUGCACCCCCGGAAGUCAACCAAAGCAUUCGAGACCUGUGCGGCAAGAAAGAAAGUCAACGGGUAGAUUCAUACGAUGUAAUCCGCUGGCUCAUCAAUAAUACCUGUGAUGGAAUUGAGCAGUUACAGCCCCUGUUCUAUUCACAAGGAACGGACUUUUGCAACAGAAUGCAAGCAGCAGAAGAUUUUCCAAACUUUCUAGUUAAUGACGAGGAUAGGACGGCAUUCAUUGAUGCUAUCAAGCAUAAGGAACGGCAAACCUUGCAGCAACUCUAUGGGAUCCAACCUAGGGUAAAAGGAAAUACGUCCACGAAAUCUAAUGCUAAAAUUGCAAGAUUUGCGAAGGAACUCGAGUUCCAGAAGAAGAAUUUCCAGGACAGUGGCCAAGCUGUCCAUGCUUCGGCCCUACAAGAAGUUGAACAGGAACGCGAGACUGAGAUCGAGGUGGAGACAGUGCGCCAAGUCAAAAAGCCCUUACCUUACACACCCCUCAAAUUCCCUGGACUACACAGGGACCUAGAGACUUUCGCUAGAACAGCCCGGAUUCCUGCCGGUUCGGAUUGUUUUAACCAUAUCAUGAAGGCUCUUUCAAGAACGGCGCUUGGCAGGAAAUACAAGGUAAACCAUGGAGCCAGCUCUUCUCCAUUGUUCGUUUCAAGCGAAUUCGAACGGACAGUGAGAUUGGGUUUUGAAGGAGCAAAUGACAACUUCCUGCGCCCUGUGCAGUGGAUUCUUUAUGCGACUUCCCCAGAAGCAGCCGUCAUCAUCACACCCGAGGAAGCGGAGCAUUUACUCGAAAUCAUCCAGGCAGCGGAAAAGACAAAACGACGGGUUUCAACCCAUCUUAUAACAUAUGCGGCCCCAGUUACUCGGCGUAUGAUGCAUUUCAAUAAACUAAGGUUCUAUUCUAUGCCACCUCUACCUCCGGACUGGCUACCUUCGGAAUGGCUCACUACUGAGCUUGGCUUCUUUGCCGGAAGACUUUACUUCGAAUUCUCCGAAUACGACAGUAUUUGCAGGAUGCUUGGCAUAGAUUUAUCUCAGUCUGGGAUUGAUGAGUUUGACAGCUCAGAAACAGACACUACUGAGCAGUAUUCAACUUCUACCUUGGAAAAGUCCAGCGAAGUAACAUCUCAAAACUCUGAAGAAUCGCAGGAAAUUUCCCAGAUCCCCUCAGACGUAGCACAAUCAAAAUCAAAGAAUUUCGCGCCAACCCUCACAAGCAAGCCUUACACAUUUACACAAGAAUACUUGGCUGCUCGCCGGCGUGGACAGGACUUUACACACACACCCAUGGGAUUCUUGAGUAGCGGGAAGCCAUUAACCCACGAGAGCCCGUUUUUCCGUCGUGCGGAUACUAUCCGACGUAAUCAUAACUUAGUACCUGUGGGGACAGCUCAACCAGACGACGAAGACGGAGAGGGAGCUGAAGACAUGAUGGAUCUAGGAAAUUACGACCCGUCUGCAGAAGUCGAUGAUGAUGAGGAACAGAUAACGAUAGAAUAUGACGAAUCAGAACUACAUCCGGUGGCCGAGGAAGAUGACUCUGGCACCGAGACGCAACCUUCUGGAAGGGGCGGUGGGCAGCGGCCUGCUAUAAGGUCCAAACGAAGCGGAUCUACCGCAAGUUAGGUUGAUUAAACUAAGAUAGGAUUUUCUUUGAAACUUACUGGGCUUGUUUGGUUCGUGUUAAGUUAACGGGUGAAGCCAACGCGGCUUCUUAUAAGCCUGUGUGUAUGUAGGACUAGGUACUUUCGUCUCUUUUAUUUCCCCUCUGAAUUUACGGUGUUAAACUUGGCCGAGUUCUUGCACCUGUAAGCUUCUUAAAUCUUUCCUCUUCACAAUUUAUCUAGCAAACCUCUCCCGUACGACCUGCAAGAGACCCACGUAUAUCUAAACAACCGC